UCAUAUCAGCUCCUCGUCAAUGCCUAUCUGAUUAAAUACUCAUCUGAGCGAGAUACCAAUUACCUGGGAGAUCCGGAAUGCAUCACUGCAUGGCGUUGGGUUGGAAUACAAAAUUGAAUAUUGAAAAAAAAAAAAAUGCGAGUCUGGACUGACCAAAGACUGACAAAGACAGAUGAGAGUCUUCGGACCGAGACAUCCAUCUGUUGUGACGUCACUACCACGCCGUUAGCACGUGAUGCAAAAUUUCGAAAAUCCUUGCUCUUCAACGGUGAUGGGCGUUCUGGGUUUGACACCUUUUCUUCUGAAAACAUGUCCUGAAGUCAUUAAAACGCUUCCAAAUCGACUCGAAGAACUCAAGGGUAAACGUAUUGUUAUUGAUGGAACGCUCAUUACCCAGCGCCUGCACUUUGUCCCUAUUCCGCAUCCAUAUCGACAUGUCUUGGGUUGGUAUCGCAUCGCCAGAGAAUUGCAGGAUAAUGAUAUCGAAGCGGUCUGUGUAUUUGACGGAAAGGAGCGAAACAUAGCGAAAGCCCGAGAGGCCCUUCACAGGAAAGAGAUGAGAAGACGCGACAUGGCACGCGAAGCCUUUGAAAAUGAACGCCUGAAACGUUUGGAUAGCCUCGGAAGUCUGUUGACAGACUUUACAAAUGUACCUUUGGAUUCAAGAAAACACCUUUUCGAAGUCAUUCAAGAAACACCGCCGUUGGAAGGAGCCCAACCCCCAAAGCUCGAAAUUGUUCAAGCAGAUGAUACUGAAACUGAGUGGAACGAUGCAGAGACAUUUUCACCAUCCAUGACCUACGAAACUAUUCCUCAUGUAACGGAAACCACGCCGGAAGAUACAUCAGAGAGAACCGAAACAUACUCUGCACCUGAUAUCACACCGGAGCCUCAACCUACGCCCGCUGAUACGCGUCCAUCGACGUCUGAUCUUGGGGUUGUCCGCUCGGAUAGUGCAUCAUCAUCACCUGUGCAGGAUCCUAAUGGAUCAUCAGCUAAAUCACAGGGUGAAAGCGUCGCUGAUUCCAUGAUAUCACUCUUUCGCAACUUCCGGAAUAGCAUACCAAAGCUGGCCUCCCUUAACAGAGCUUCUCCUGAAGAGGCGCCGAUCGAUGAAUCGGAAGAGCGGACUGAAGUUUUUAUGACCAAGGGUCAGUACGAACUGACCCUUGAAGAAGGAAAAGUCUGGGGCAAUCUGGUUGCUGAUGAAUGCAAAGAGGCCUCCAUGCACGACGAGGUGUUCAAGAUAUAUCAAAAGAGCACAGUGCUGUUUGAAUCUUACGCACGGAGAACACGUCCACCGACGGCUCAAAAUUACAUAGAGUGCAGAGAAAUUCUCGAAGCUAUGGGCAUUGCGUGUAUCGAAAGCGAAGGUCCCUAUGAGGCUGAAGCUCUUGCUUGCGCUCUGGUCUCUCAUGGUUUCGCCGACUAUGUCGCAAGCGAAGACACUGAUGUCAUCAUCUACGAAGUACCUCUCAUUCGAAAUAUCACCAACCAGGCAGGACCACUUAUAGUAGUCUCUGGAUCUGAUGUCCGUAAAGGCCUACAGCUCUCUCGGACGAGUUUCGUCGAUUUCGCUCUCCUCUUGGGUACAGACUUUUCCGAGCGCAUCAAGAACAUUGGGCCCGUGCGUGCCUACAAAUUUAUCAGGGAGCACGGUACGAUCGAAGGAGUGGUUACAAACGAGACCAAGUACCGACAUCGCCUAGAGCCCGAUGCAUACCUGGAGCAAGUCCGGGUGGCACGAGGUAUUUUCGAGACGUUGCCGCCUAUCCCCAAAAAUGCGAUGCUCAAGGGGAAAAGGGACGACAACAAGACGGUGGUCAUAUUGCAAAAAUAUAAACUGAGCCGCGAGAUUGAUCCAAAUUGGAAUUAUUCGACCGCGCUGUCGGGGAAUUUCUUCCAGGAUAAUCCGAGUGCGUUUUGAAGUUGCGGGCAUGACUUUUCUGGACUAUCUAGAGGUCACAUACACUUACAUUCCUGUGUCCAUUAGAUGUUGUACAGAUUUGACGCGAAGUGCGUAAUUCGUACAGCAGUCAAUAAGUCACAAGGAUAUAUUUUGAGAAAAGAAGCAACUGCAGCUCCUAAGGGAAUCGUGUCCGUGACGUUAAAUUGGCAGAUGGCAAGCAACAAAUCAGAAAAUCAGAAUGUGUUGAUUACAUAGCUGUGUUGCCAUUCUGUGCGCUGGGCCUCUGGGAGCGGGGCAGGUUAGAAGCGAUGCCGAUGUGACCGAUGUGUCGGCUCCGGACUCCGAUGCAUGGUGUGAUACCCACCGGCACAGCAUGCGAUGCAACCUUUUUGCGAAACCACGAAUAGGAACCGCAGCUUUCAGUGGCAGUGGG